CUUCACCCCCUCCAUUCAUUUCAUUCGCACACACAGUCGCAUCCCAGCAGCGCCCUCCCCUCCUGUUUCUCUCCGCCUGGAAAGAUGGCUGCUCCGGUGCUGCUGAGAAGCUCCGGCCCGCCGCUCUGCCCGAGCUUCGCGGAGGUCUGUUCGUUCCUGGAGCGGUACGGAGCAGUGCUGGACCUGCCCGAGAUGACUUUCCCGCAGAUGGAGAGAUAUCUGCGGGACACAACGACAGUUCCUAAACCCCUGGUGGAGCUCCACGUGAAGCUGCUCAGAAAACUGGGGAGGUCUGUGACCACUGACCGCUGGGAGAAAUACCUGGCUAAGGUGUGCCAGGAGCUGAACAGCACCUGGGCCUGGGAGCUGGAACAGAAGGGCUACCAGGAGAUGUCCAUGGAGUGCAAGUCAUGCAUCCUAAAAUAUCUCUGCGAGUGUCAGUUUGAUGACAACCUGAAGUUCAAGAUGGCGAUCAAUGAGGAGGACCCAGAGAAGAUGCGCCUCCAGCCGAUAGGCCGGGACCAGCAGGGCCUGAUGUACUGGCUGCAGCUGGACCCUGAGCAGAACAUCCGCCUGUACACGGAGGAGCAGGACGACCUGGACGGCUCCACCUGGAAGUGCAUCGUCAGGAACCGCACCGACCUGGCGGAGGCUUUGGAGCUGCUAAAGGGCCAGGUUGAACCCAAACAGAGUCAGGACCAGGACCAGAACCAGGACCUGGAUAGGAGCGCCAGCCCCACACAGACAGGUGCAGUUGGUGAGGCUGCUGGAAGCACCCUGACCCCAGAGGAACACACUGACCUUGUAAAGGCAGAGGAACACCUAACAGAAGUGAUAAAGCUGGAGCACCCCCAGCUGGGGAACACUGAGGUGAAGGAAGAGAAGACAGAACACAUAUCAUCACCUGUCUUUGACAACCGCGUGAGCACCAUAACCACCGUCAUCAAAUCAGAAUCCAGGGACACUGACAAUCCAAAAAAUGCUGUGUCGGUUGUCAUGGCACCAGGUGCGACUGUGACAAAGCAGGAAGUUAACAAGGAGGAGGAAGUGGAGCGGGCUGUGGUCACUCGCAGCGAGCAGGCCAAGAUACCACUGAAGAAGAGGGAGCUGAAGCUGGCGGAGAGCUUCAGUAACCACCUGAAGAACAGCAGCAUCAUCGUGUGCAACCCCUCCGUCAUCCAGGCCAAGGAGGGGAAGCUGCCGCUGCCCCCCCCCCCCUCGCAGCAGCUCCUGGUCACUGCAUCAAGUCCAGAACUGAGCAACGGAAGGGCCCCUAUGCCCCCGCCCCACAAAGAGGGUCACAAUGGAGUCAUAGGGGUCAUAGGUCAGGUCGGCGUUAUAGGUCAUGUAGGAGUCAUCCGCAGCCCGCUGGAGCGCCAUAGAGCCUCCGGGGCUGAGCAGCAGGAACUAAACGGGCCCAGUUCAGACCAGCGGGGGGGGGAAGACAGGGAGGUGAGCCGGCAGUCAGUGCUGGUGAGGAAGGGGGCUGCUGAGGGGGAGACGAUGACAGCAGCAGCCAGCGCUCCUCCUCCUGCUCCUGCUCCUGCUCCUGCAGCCAUGGACACUCAGACAACCAGGAACCCGCCGCUGCCAUCCCUGAAAUGUGUUCCUCUGCCUGACGCUGCAGAGAGCCCCUCCUCACUGUCCCUGCCCUCAGAGGACCCUCAGGGACACACUGCAGAGGACCAGGGUCAACAAGUAACUGAGGAGCAGCUACACAGGGAGAGGAAGACUGGACACAGCAGUGAGGAGAGGGAGGAGAGGGAGGGGGGGGGUGUGUCUGGAUGCCCUGUGGAAGAAGGAGGGAGUAAAGAUGACCAGGACAAAAGUCAAAGCUCUUUAGCAAAGGUGGAGGCAGAGCCCGAGAGCAUCUCUCACACUCUGAGAACAGUUGACCAGGAGGAGAAAAAGGAGCAGCAGGGAGGGGGGGUCAAUUGUGGGUCGGCUGCCCAGGUCAGGGUGAAGGACACUGGGCUUGCAUCAGGGGAGAGGCAGGGUCCCCUGGAGGAAGCCUCCUCUGAGCUCCAGAAAGAAGGAAUCAGGCUGAAAAUCAAGAUCCCCCCCCAUCGCAGGAGCAAGCUGAGGGGGAAAGGGGGAAAGGAGGGGCAGAAAGAGAGGGAGGAGGAGGAGGUGCAAGAUGAAGGGAGGAUGCUCAGGAGAUCCUCCAGGAUCUGCAGAUCAUCUGCUUUGCCAAACUGCAGGCCAAGCUCCAAGGCUGAGGAGAGCCAGAGAAAGAAACCUACAAAAACACAGGCACUCUCUAACAGAAUGAGGGAGGAAGGGGGGGAGGAGGAGGAAGAGGAGGAAGAUGAAGAGGAGCAGAGCUUAACGACAAAGAAAGACGGAAAAAAGGAACCCGUUGGGCAAAUAAGGAAACGACGGGGUAAACGGAGGCACCGGCGCCCCCGCUGGUCCAACACCCGUGUUAAGAAACGCAAAGUGAACGAGGGAGAGGAGGUGGAGGACAGAGGGAGGGAACGAGGAGAGGGGGAGAGUGAAGAAGGGAGCGAUUCUGAGGAAUUGUGUAAAUCAGAGGAGCUUCCCAGUGAGGACGCCUGCAGUCACUGCGGACUGCCCAACCACCCGGAACUGAUCCUGCUGUGUGACUCCUGUGACAGUGGGUACCACACCGCUUGUCUGCGGCCGCCGCUCAUGUUGAUUCCAGACGGACAGUGGUUCUGUCCACCCUGCCAACAUAAGCUGCUGUGUGAGAAGCUGGAGGAGCAUCUGCUGAACCUGGACAGUGCUCUGAAGAAAAGAGAGAGAGCAGAGAGGAGGAGGGAGCGUCUGGUGUACGUGGGGAUCAGUGUGGAGAACAUCAUCCCUGAGGGGGAUGAGGUGGAAGAGGAGAAGACCACAAAGAAGAAAGAUCCCAAAAAGAGCAAAAAUCUGGGGAGGAGAUCCACCAGAACCAGGAAGCACAUCAGCUACAGGUUUGAUGACUUUGAUGAUGCCAUCGAUGAGGCUAUAGAUGAGGACAUCAGGGACCUUUGUGGGGGAGCACGGCGGGGUAGAAACCUCACGGCCAUCCUAUCAGAGGAAGGGAAGGAGAGCCAGCGGCCAAUCAGAGGCCAGGCUCAAGCUGCCAGGAACAGGAAGAGGCGGAGACUGAACGACCUGGAGAGCGACAGCACGGCAGCUGAAAGUGAAGACGAGUUCAUGCUCAGCAACAGCUCAGAGGAAGAGGAGUUUGGUGCGUCAGGGCCUGAUGAUGACGAGGAGGAAGAUGAAGAUGGCGGCAGCGAUGUAGGCAGCUUAGACAACGGGUCGCGUUCUAAACGGGCAGGGAGGGGGGCACCUAAGCCCCGCCCUGGAAAGACCCAGCGGCGGGGCAGGAAGCGGCUCAGACGGCGACGAAGACGCUCCUCAGAGGAAGAGGAGGAGACUGAGGAAGAGAUGGGCUCUGAUCAGUUCAGCGACAUGACUGACAGCGACGAUGACAAAAAUAGGCGGGGCCUGAGGCGGGGCCAGCGUCAGCAGGUAAACUACCGCGAGACGUCCGAGUCCUCCGACGCCUCCCGGGCCUCCGCCAAGAAGGUGGGGGUCCGACCCCGUGGCAGACCUUGCAAGGAGCAUCUCUCCAGCGACUACAGCGACGUCACACCGUCUUCCAGAGACUCAGAGGAGGACAAUUAUGAAGACCUAGAUGAUGAUGACAGGAGACGAAGAGCGAACAAGAGGAGAAGAGAGGAGGAAGACCCCCUGAGGAAGAGGACGAGAGGAAGGCCGAGGAGAAACCAGAACGAGGAGGAUGAGCGGGAGCGAGGGAGGCGGCUGAAAAGGAAACGGUUAGAGAAGGAGAAGGAGAGAGACAAGAGGAAGAGGGUGAAGAGGACGGACAGAGAAGAGGAGGGCCUGGAGAAGAUGGGUCGGGGGAGGAGGAGGGAGAUCCUGUCCCAGCAGAGACGCAAGCGCCUCGCUCAGAUGCUGAAGAAGAGGAGACCUUCUACUGACGAAGAGGAGGAUGAGGACGAAGAUUCUGAGUCUGAGUCUUCAUCAGAGGAGGAUCGUCCAGUCCGCAAAAGACUCAACCGCAUUGACUCUGAUGAUGAAGAGGAAGACAGGGAGGAGGAGGAGACGAUGAAGAAGUGUUCAGAGGUGGAGAGGAGGACCGACAGUGACACUCAGGAAAAGAGGAGGGGCCGGAGCCUGUCCCCUUCAAACAGACAUCGGACCCCCAGGGGCCCAGAGGAGCCAGGGGCCGAGGGUCCUGCUGCACCCAGAGACAGAGCAGAGCCCGGCUGCCACAACGGGCCCUCGCAUCCAGAGGGGGAGGGGGAGGAGGAGGGGGAGCAAAAGGAGGGGGAGGGGGAGGGGGAGCAAAAGGAGGAGCAAAAGGAGGAGGAGGGGGAGCAAAAGGAGGAGGAGGGGGAGGGCCAGACAUUAAACUCUGUCCAGAACAGUCCGCAGUCAUGAUGACGUGAACACCGUGUUUGUGAAUAAGGCUUUCUGUUUGCUUUUUUUAAGUGUCAUGCCUUUCACCCACAGACAGCGUGGAUCUGGU